GUAAAAAAAAUAAAAUUGAAGUUUAUAUUCCAACAAUUGAAAAAAGUUUUGAAAAAGGAAUUCUUCUAUCAGCAUAUCAUACAAAUAUACCUCCAAAUGAAGAAAAAUUAUGUGAUUUACAAUAUU